AUGGGCAGACAGAAUCUGUUGGUACCAACUGACCUCAUUCUGAGUGCAGUCUCCAGCCUGCCUGAGCUGCAGGUCCCCCUUUGUUGGGUCUUCCUCCUCCUCUAUGCUAUCACACUGGUGGGCAACCUGAGCAUGAGCAUUUUGACCAAGCUGGAUGCCCACUUCCACACUGCCAUGUAUUUCUUCAGCAGACACCUGGUUUACAUUGACCUCAGUGAUGCCUCUGUGAUUUUUCCCAAAAUGUGGGUAAAUUUUGUUAUGUGUCAAAAUACCAUUUCCUACUACGCUUGUGCCAUCCAGAUGGUCUUCUUCAUUGUGCUCAUCAUCAGUGAGCUUUUCGUCUUGCCAGCCAUGACCUAUGACCGCUACGUGGCCAUCUGCAAUCCUCUGCUCUACAACGUCAUCAUGUCCUGGACACGUUGCCGCAUGCUGGUGGGCAUUCCGUACCUCUACUGUACUCUUCAGGCUCUUCUGUUCACCAGUAAGAUUUUUCCAUCAUCUUUCUGCACCCGCCUUCUCACUUAUUUUUACUGUGAUAAUAUUCCUUUAUCACUUAAGUUGUGCUCAAAUGGAUGAGAUAUAGCAUUGUUGAUCAACAUCGUUGCAAUAUUUAACUUGACGUCCUCCCUCCUAGUAGUACUGUUAUUCUACCUUAUGAUUCUCCUAGCCAUAUGCCCAAUGCGUUCUGCACAGGGAAGGAAAAAAGCUUUUUCUACAUGUGCGUCUCACCUGACCAUGGUGGUGGUCUUCUUCGGGAAGCUUUUCUUCAUGUGUGUGCAGCCCAGAUCUGCUCAGUCCUCUGAUAUUGAUAAACUCUCCUCCGUGUUUUACACUUUAGUGAUCCCCAUGCUCAACCCACUGACCUACAGUGUCAGGAACAAAGAAGUCAAAAAUGCCUUCCACGGCGUCUUCAGGAAGAAGUUCAAAGUCUGUACAUAG